AUGCUUAGGUCCAAGGGUAUACGCGAUGAUAUAAGAGCCCACAUCCGGCGUCGACUUUACUUGUUUCCAGCAAUAAUUGCGAAUUAUGUAGCACCCACACCAGAAGCAGGUGUUGAGGAUGUUCUUUAUCAAUUGCUCGCAGGUAGACUUGAGGAGUUCAUUGAUCUACACACGCGAGGUCUACUUUUGCAGGCACUACCAACCCAGCCUCCAACCCAGGCACCGGCUCAGCCUCAAUAUCAGCCGUUACGUCAGUUCCAGGUACAGCGCCCAGUCGGCACUGAACUGAUGGGCCGGCUCCAACCCGAGCAUGCGCUUCGAAACAACCCAUUUGGUGAAUACCAGGCACAGGUUCCAGCCCAGCCGCAAGCCCAGGACCAGCCUCAACUCCAGAACAAGCCAUAUGGAUACACUACUUUCCUAGCACAUCUUUCACGCCAGUCUGAGGCCCAGACCCAGCCUCAACCCCAGCUGCAGCCUCUGCCCCAUCCGCAGUAUCAACCCACACGGCAGUCACCCAAGCGACAAAGGAGCCCAAGUCCAGCGACCGGUUCAAAGCGACCUAGAACAGAUAAAACAGAUGACGCUCCUUUACCCGUUAAGACUAAAGCUCCGGCCAGCGCAGUUGACCCAGACAUAGAUCCCGCCUUGGAAGACUAUGUAAGCCCGCUUGCUACUAACGAGCAACAGACACAACAACAGCCGCAAAAACAGACCGAAGAAGAAGAGGACUUCGAAACAUCGCCCCAAGAGCAGGCAUACUUAAGGCAGUUGCUUGAAUCUCAGAAAGUCCAGCAGGUGGCGGAAGAGCAACCCGAAACCCCUACUACUGCGCAAUCGACGCAAGACCUAACCCCACAAGAAGAGAAAUUGGGAAUGUCAAACCAAAAUAUGAUGCUUUUACAGCAGUCCAACGCCAUUGAUGACCAACAAAUGGAAGUAGGGCCAGUUACCACUUGGACUAAUGUGCAACAGACACAAGGGCAGGUCGGGCAGCAAGCUGAGCCGAGAUUGUCAUCUCAAGAAGUGACAUCUUUAGAGCAAUUCAACACCUCUACUAAUUAUCAGCAGAGCGAAGAACAGAUAGACGAGCCAGCGGAUACGCAGAUGGAGGAUCCAAUAGACGAGACGAUGGAUGAGCCUAUGGACCAACACAUAGAAGAAUUGACCGAAGAACAGAUGCAAGAAGCAGCGUAUGAAGAGGUAUUCAACGCCCUGAUGAAUGUGGACGAGAUGGAAGAAUAG